AAAAAAAAGCACAAUAACAGUUUAAAUUUGAUAGAAUUAAGUUCCAAUAAUGAUACAGAAAUCAAAUCAUUUGGAGUAAGUUGUGAAGAAUUUAAUUAUCAAAGUAAAAAUGAUUCUAGUUUCACUGAAAACACAAGUCAAAAAACAAACUCUUCGUCAGAUAUUUUAUUGGAACAUAAUUCUAGCAUAGAUAAUGAAAACAUUGAAACUAAGAAACUUAAAAAAAAGAAAAAGCACAAUAACAGUUUAAAUUUGAUAGAAUUAAAUACCAAUAAUGAUACAAAAAUCAAAUCAUUUGGAGUGAGUUGUGAAGAAUUUAAUUAUCAAAAUAAAAAUGAUUCUAGUUUCACUGAAAACACAAGUCAAAAAACAAACUCUUCGUCAGAUAUUUUAUUGGAAAAUAAUUCUAGCAUAGAUAUUGAGAAUGUUAAAACUAAGAAACUUAAAAAAAAAAAAAAGCACGAUAACAGUUUAAAUUUUAUAGAAUUAAGUUCCAAUAAUGAUACAGAAAUCAAAUCAUUUGGAGUAAGUUGUGAAGAAUUUAAUUAUCAAAGUAAAAAUGAUUCUAGUUUCACUGAAAACAUAAGCCAAAAAACAAACCCUUCGUCAGAUAUUUUAUUGGAAAAUAAUUCUAGCAUAGAUAAUGAAAACAUUGAAACUAAGAAACUUAAAAAAAAGAAAAAGCACAAUAACAGUUUAAAUUUGAUAGAAUUAAGUACCAAUAAUGAUACAGAAAUCAAAUCAUUUGGAGUGAGUUGUGAAGAAUUUAAUUAUCAAAGUAAAAAUGAUUCUAGUUUCACUGAAAACACAAGUCAAAAAAUAAACUCUUCGUCAGAUAUUUUAUUGGAAAAUAAUUCUAUCAUAGAUAUUGAGAAUGUUAAAACUAAGAAACUUAAAAAAAAAAAGCACGAUAACAGUUUAAAUUUUAUAGAAUUAAGUUCCAAUAAUGAUACAGAAAUCAAAUCAUUUGGAGUAAGUUGUGAAGAAUUUAAUUAUCAAAGUAAAAAUGAUUCUAGUUUCACUGAAAACAUAAGCCAAAAAACAAACCCUUCAUCAGAUAUUUUAUUGGAAAAUAAUUCUAGCAUAGAUAAUGAAAACAUUGAAACUAAGAAACUUAAAAAAAAGAAAAAGCACAAUAACAGUUUAAAUUUGAUAGAAUUAAAUACCAAUAAUGAUACAGAAAUCGAAGCAUUUGAAAAAACUUGCGAAGAAGUCAAUGAACAAAGUAUUAAUGAUUCUUAUUAUUGGAAAAAUAUAAGCCAAAAAAGAAAGUAUGAAAUAAAUGCUUUGGCAGAUAUUGAAAAUGUUCCAACAAAAAAACGUAAAAAGAAAAAUCAAGACACAGAAUACACAACAUUAGAAGAAGUUAGUGAACAAAAUAUUGAUGAUUCUGAGUUUAUGGAAAAUUUAAACCAAACAAUUAAGUCUGAAAUAAAUACUUCAUCAGAUAUUUCAUUGUUAAAUAAUUGUAGCAUAGAAAAUGAGAAUGUUCGAACUAAAACACUUAAAAGAAAGAAAAAGCAUAAUGAAAAUUUAAUUCCAUUAGAACUUAGUACUAAUAAUAAUAGAGAAAUCGAUACAAUUGAAAGAAUUACCCCGAGAUCUGAUGAAAAAAAUUUAGAUUGUGAUAUAAAUAUUCCUAUGUGUAAUAGUAAAAAAUCUAAAAUACAUAUUGUAAGUACAGCAGACAUAGUAAAAGCUACUGAUAACAACUAUAAUGUGACAAAAAAUGAAAACAAUAUGUCUAUGACUUCAGAAAAAUAUAAUAAUAUAACUGACCAAAGAAUAUCUCAAAAGCAUUGUAAUCUAAAAACUCUGUUAAAUUCCAUGGAAUCCAAUAAUUUUGAAGACCCAACAGACUCUUCAACUAAUAUUGAAUCCAAAUUUAAUUUAAUGACAUAUCUAAAAAAUAAAGACCCUUCAAUAAGAAAUCAUCCUAAAUAUAAACAAAUAAUUGAAAUUUUGUCAAAGAAAAUCAAGAAUGUUUUAAAUAAAAGUCAUCAAAUCACAGAUUCUGACGUUGUAUUGCUGAAAACAGUUGGAAGCAUUAUUAUGGAAAAAAUUGUUGAAAAAAUUAAUUCUGCACAGGAAAUAAAUGAUUUAAAAAUUACAUUACCAAUUGAAUGUAAUGAAAAUAAACUUCAUUUUAUUGAGACUACUUUAAGUAGAUCUCCAUGCAAAGAAAAAAUGAAUAUUAUAAAGAAACUUAAUCCUCAGGUCAAACUAAGAGUAUUUAACUCGGAAGAAGACAAUAAGAUUCGUGAAUAUUGGUCAAAAUUUCAAAAGGAAUAUAAUAUUUCAAAUAUUCUACCAUUCAUAUCUAAUGGUUUAGAAAUGGCUUUAAAUAAAUUGGUAAGGUUCCAAUUUAUUCGUUAUAUAUCGGCAGGACUUCCAAAUCGAUUAUUAAGUUCGGUCUAUAAUAGAUUCAAUAUUCUGUUCAAUGAAUAUCAAGAUAAAACACGUUUUAGUGAAGAAGAAGACCAAUUAAUUAUGAAAGUAGAUAAAUGUGAUGCAAUUAAUAACAAAUUUUCAGUAUUAAGCAUAAUUCUAAAUAGAUCUAGGUUACAACUUUACAGAAGACAUGAAGUUUUACAAAAUCAGCAUGAAAAAUGUAAAAAAUUUUUUUGGGAUGAUCAAAAGCGUCAAGAACUAUUUACAAAUAUUCUAUUAGAAACAAACACAGAGAACUGGAAAGAUUUAAAAAAUCUAACAUUAAAAAAAAAUACAUUAAUUAAUAUUGCAAAAAACUUUGGUGAUGAUGUAACUUAUACAAAAGUUAGAAAUCAAUGGAAUUAUUUAUAUACCAUGUUAUUUUGUGAAAAGCCUAUUAAAAUGUUAACUUUAAGAUUAAAUAUAUUGGAGUUAUUAGAACAACAAAAUCCUAAACAUUUUUCGGAUGUGGAUUGGAAAGAAAUAACCAAUCAACUAUAUCCAGGUGCAAAUAGUAAACUUAUUUGUUCUUUUUUUCAUUCUUGGUAUGAUAAGAUAGUUCCAUCAGAUAUUAAAAAAAGUAUUAAAGAUACUUUGUUUUACUUAAGAAAACAUAAAGUGGAAAAAAUAAGAAAAGAAAUUCAUGAACGUGGUGAAAGAGAAUUUCCUAGACUUACAGUUCAAGAUUAUGAUUUAUUAGUUAAUAUUAAUAAUUAAUCAAUAUAUACAUAUUUAUAUAACAUUACUGUAACGACAUUAUUUAAUUUGUAACGCAUUACGUAAUUUCAUUAGAAUUAUUUCCAAAGAACGAAGAUGUAAUGGAAAAUAACUUUUGAUAAAUAAUUUCUUUAACAUAAUGUGUUACAGUCUAAAAUUAUUUAGUACUUAUUGCAGUACUGUGAAUUAAUAAAAAAAAACUUUUAAAAUGAUGCC